AAAAGUAUCAAAUCCAAGUUUGGGAAAAACAGAGACGGAAACAAUGAUGUACAAAUUUAAACCAUCUCAAACCCACCACUGAUUUCCACAACUCUAAUUUGUCCCAUUAUUCCUUCUCCAAUAUUAUUAUCCACACAAUUUUUUUCCAUUUCCACACAAAAUUUCCCCUAUUUUGUCACAUAUACAUACACCCAUUUUUUAUUUAGCUUCGGAAUUUGCAUUUUACAAAAAAAAAAUUGAGAUUUUUUUGCACAAGUAGAACCCAAAAUCUUGAAAUACAAGUUGAUGGUUGUUGAUUCAUUAUACUGAUUAUUCAUGGUGGUUACUGGUAUGGCAACAUGUUUUCGUUAUUGUCCGUGCCACUUGAAAAUGGGUCGUACAGGAAUUCAUCUUCAGUAUUGUCAGCUUAAUUAUGCAAAGAUUAAGGGGAAUGGGAAUCGAUUAGGGCAUCGUCGUCUCAAGUUUGUUGUCAGUGCUGAGCUAUCUAAUGCUUUCUCCGUCAACAUUGGAUUGGAUUCUCAGGCCAGUGAUACUUCACGGUUUUCCCGGAUUGGUCCACUACCUGGGGAUAUUGCUGAGAUAGAGGCUUACUGUAGAAUCUUUCGGGCUGCUGAACAACUUCAUAAUUCAUUAAUGGACACCCUAUGCAAUCCACUAACUGGAGAAUGUAAUGUCUCAUAUGAUGUACCUUCAGAUGAUAAAACAAUACUAGAAGAUAAAUUAGUUUCUGUUCUAGGAUGCAUGGUAUGUCUUCUAAACAAAGGAAGGGAGGAAGUACUUUCUGGGAGAUCAUCGAUAAUGAACUUAUUUCAAGAUGUUGAUGUGCAUAUGAUGGAUGAUAUGCUUCCUCCACUUGCUAUUUUCAGAGGUGAAAUGAAGAGGUACUGUGAGAGCUUGCAUGUUGCUCUUGAAAACUAUUUGACACCUGAUGAUCCUCGUAGCAUUGUUGUGUGGCAAACACUUCAAAGACUGAAAAAUGUAUGUUAUGAUGCCGGAUUUCCUCGUGGGGAAAAGAACCCCAGCCAUUCACUGUUUGCUAACUUUAGUCCUGUUUAUUUGUCAACAUCAAAAGAAGAGACUCAGUCUGCAACUUCUGAGGUUGCUUUCUGGAUAGGUGGCCAGGUAACUGAUGAAGGUCUCAGAUGGCUGUUGGAGAGAGGGUUCAAAACCAUUGUAGAUCUCAGAGCUGAGGUUGUAAAAGAUAUCUUCUAUGAGAAAGUGCUAGAUGAAGCCAUAUUGUCAGGGGAUAUUGAAUUAGUUAAUCUACCUGUUGAAGUUGGUAUAUCACCUUCAGUGGAGCAGGUUGAAAAGUUUGCAGCACUGGUCUCUGAUUUAAACAAAAAGCUCAUAUAUCUCCACAGUAAAGAAGGAAUUAAGAGGACAUCAGCUAUGGUCUCUAGAUGGAGGCAAUACGUUACUCGCUACACACCACAUGUUGUAGCCAGUACAUAUAAGGCCAUGGACUCGAUUGAGAACUCAUCACGUGAUGCUAGAGGAAAUGAAGAAAUAUUUAUGUCACCUAGGCCGGAAGAUGGUAAAAACUUUAAUGAUGAAGUCAACUCUGCCUCUGAUAAUCGUGAUGGGCCGCUGCCUACGAGUUCAGAUGACAUAAAUUCUGCUGUGGAAGAUAUCAAGCACAUUUCUGAAGCUACGGACCUAGGCAAGAACGAAGGAGAUGAAAUUAUUUCUUCCAAUCCAGAAAGCACGGUGCUAGCAUCCUACAUCAAUGUGAACCCACUCAACACUCAGAUGCCUCCCUCUAAUGUCUUCUCCAGAAAAGAGAUGUCCACAUUUUUCAGAAGUAGGAAGGUUUCACCAGCAGCAUAUUUUACUCAUGAAAGGAAAAGAUUGGAGGUACUUUCUGCUUUAAGAUAUAAGAACAAGAGAGUACCGAAAGCAAAUGAAACCCCAAGCACGUAUAGUGCGACAAGAACGGUGGAAUCAGAAGAUUUAAAUGGUUCAUCUUCUGAUAAACUCUUAAUUACUGACCCUUCAACUUUUGCUUCGAAUACAGAAAUGUAUGUUGGUCAAAAUGGCUCUGCAACUCCAAUUUUGAAUGGAAGCAGCAAUGGAAAAGUGCAAACCUCAAUAAAAAAUGCUAGUACCGUUGAUGCAAGAAAUGAGUUAGAAUGUAUUGCUGACUCUAGAGUCACUACCGCAGAGAGUAGAAAUAUUGAGGUCAUCACACCUUCACUGGAAGAUAACUUGGAGCAGAUUGAAGGAAAUAUGUGUGCUUCUGCCACUGGCGUCGUAAGAGUACAGUCAAGAAGGAAGGCAGAGAUGUUUUUGGUUCGUACAGAUGGGUAUUCGUGCACCAGAGAAAAGGUAACAGAAUCUUCCUUGGCAUUCACUCAUCCUAGCACCCAGCAGCAGAUGCUUUUGUGGAAAUCCCCACCGAAGACUGUAUUGCUGUUGAAGAAACUGGGACACGAACUUAUGGAAGAAGCUAAAGAGGCUGCUUCUUUUUUGUAUUCCCAAGAGAAGAUGACUGUUCUUGUUGAACCUGAGGUGCAUGAUAUAUUUGCAAGAAUCCCAGGCUUUGGGUUUGUUCAGACCUUCUAUAGUCAAGAUACCAGCGAUCUUCAUGAGAGGGUUGACUUUGUUGCGUGUUUGGGAGGAGAUGGUGUGAUACUCCAUGCAUCAAAUAUAUUUCGAGGUGCUGUUCCACCCGUCAUCUCAUUUAACCUAGGAUCCCUUGGAUUUCUCACUUCCCAUCCAUUUGAAGAUUACAAGAAGGAUCUUAGAAAAGUCAUCCAUGGAAACAACACGCUAGAUGGUGUGUAUAUAACUCUAAGGAUGCGUCUCCGAUGUGAGAUAUUCCGAAGUGGGAAAGCAAUGCCUGGAAAGGUGUUUGAUGUCCUAAAUGAAGUUGUAGUUGAUCGUGGUUCUAAUCCAUACCUGUCAAAAAUAGAGUGUUAUGAACAUGACCACCUCAUAACCAAGGUGCAAGGUGAUGGUGUCAUUGUGGCCACUCCAACUGGAAGUACAGCUUACUCAACAGCUGCUGGGGGUUCCAUGGUGCAUCCUAAUGUUCCAUGCAUGCUCUUUACACCAAUUUGUCCACAUUCUCUCUCGUUUAGACCUGUCAUACUUCCAGAUUCUGCAAAACUAGAAUUAAAGAUACCAGAGGAUGCACGUAGCAAUGCUUGGGUCUCUUUCGAUGGGAAGAGAAGGCAACAACUCUCUAGAGGAGAUUCUGUUCGCAUAUAUAUGAGUGAGCAUCCACUACCUACAGUUAACAAGUCUGAUCAGACAGGUGAUUGGUUUCAUAGCUUGGUUCGUUGUCUAAAUUGGAACGAUAGACUAGAGCAGAAAGCACUCUGAAACUAUCAAGAUUAAUCCUCCUCUCAUUCAUGUAAAUUAGUGUACAGUCAUACAUGCAAGAGAAUAAUAAUUUUAAUACACUAUACGAUUAUAUUAUACUCUGUGUCUGGCUGUUAUAUAUGCAGUUAGGUUAUACCUUAUUUUUCAAAAUAAGAAAUUUGUACAGUGCUAUUUUUACAUGGUUAAUUAUGAAGUUUCAAUCUUUGCA